AUGUGGCAUCUUUUUUCAGAUGAACAGUACUUAAAAGAAAAUUACACUUUAAAAGAAGGACACAGUUACACAUGUCAGGAAAGUUACAGAAUAAAACAUACGGAGGUGCAAGUUCAGAGGCACACGCGACCAUCCAGUUACGCAGGUGAUGCUGAAUGCCGACCAUCUCGUGCGCAAACGCAUUGCUACGUAAACCGUGUUCCAGAUGCAACCCGUGACCCGCAACAAUAUGCUUCGAGUGGAAUGCUAGAUGAGCUCGAAAGCGCUGCGAGUAUUGACGCACUGAAAACCCGCUCCCUCCCGGCUUUCCUACGACCGAAGCAAAGACCGCUUUCUACUGAAGAUGACCUGCAUCAGCUAUAUGCUAAGGUGAAUUUAAGCAAGAAGUACAAGAACCGUAUGCGCAGCGAACAUGCAGCCAUCAUAGCACUUAGCAAGUCUCACAGCCAAUUCUUCGAUGCCGACGCUGUCAUUGUCUAUGACCAGCGGACUGCGCUUUAG